AUGGGUAGGUGGCACUGCUAUGCUGAAGGAACGGGUGACCAUGUCCGUCGAGCAGUGUAUCUAGCUGCAUCUAAACUGCUUGGUGGAUUGCACCCCACUCAACAGACAAGUUACGAAGACACAGACUCUAUGCAAGGUGUUGCAUCAAUGCUGUGCCGCCUCGGCUUGCGUCCGCGAGCAAGUUCCGCAUUCGCGUCUCAGGCCAUCGCGAACUUCAUGGCUGUGCUUCACCACAUUAACUAUAUGCUAGAUGCUCACAUCUGCAGCUACGUGACGAAGCCGGUACUAGCCUUUGGCGUGACGCACGUGUGGUAUGAAAUUAAACAACAGGUGCUGGGCAAGUACAUCCUGCCUAAGUUUUGGGAACUGCUCACGCAAGGAGUGAUCGAAACCGGUGACAUUGGCGUAGUGGUUGCACGCAGUUUCUUGCUCUUGGCGAUGGACGCGACCAUCGCGCACGGACUUCCUGUCGAUGCAUACUCUUUAGCCAAUGGGACACACCAUUUCAUAGGCCAGUUUUGCUCUGUGAAGCGGUUCCUAAGUGUUUGA